ACUUUCUAAUUAGGUUGUAAUUAGUAAACCUUUAUCAUCUUCUUACCAUUUAUGAGUAGAAGAAGAUAAAGAACAUUACUCACUUUGGUAAUAAAGAGAGAAUUAUCAGUAACACGCAAAAGGAUAUUAACAUGGAGAAUCUUCCUCCUGGUUUUAGGUUCCAUCCAUCUGAUGAAGAGCUCAUUACUUAUUAUCUGACUCGAAAAGUGUCCGAUUUUCGUUUCGUUUCGACUGUUAUUGCUGAUGUUGAUCUAAAUAAAUGCGAACCUUGGGACCUGCCAGCCAAAGCUGUCAUGGGAGAGAAAGAGUGGUACUUCUUUAGCUUGAGAGACCGGAAGUAUCCGACAGGUCUUCGAACAAAUCGAGCUACAGAUUCAGGAUACUGGAAAACAACAGGGAAAGACAAGGAGAUAUACCAUUCUGGUGUGCUAGUUGGAUUGAAGAAAACUCUAGUCUUCUACAUGGGUCGAGCACCUAAAGGAGAGAAAAGCAACUGGGUCAUGCAUGAAUAUAGACUUGAAACCAAAUUUACUUUCAAGCCUACCAAGGAUGAAUGGGUAGUUUGCAGGGUUUUCAAGAAGUGUUCCACAGGAAAAAGACCACUACAAACGUCAUCACCAAUGCACCAUUCACCUGACUCACCUUGUCUUGAUAAUACCGAUACGUUUGUAAAUGAAUUCGGAGAUAUGGAGUAUUCACAGCUGAAUAAUUGUCUGACUAGUUCCGCGGUCAGUUUUAACGCUACUUCCCUGAUAUCUAAUAACAACAACUUUGAUAACAACAAUGCUGAUACGAACAUGAAUUGGGUCUCAGCACGGCCGCUGGAACAGAACACAAACCCUCUUCCGUCACCGUUGCUGAAUUGGCCUUCAAGUCUCCUGACAAUGAACCCUGCUAACUACUCUAUGAACUCAAUGAUUUUGAGUGCACUGCAACUGGGAGCUGCCGCUACUUAUCAAGCACGAGAAGCUAUGCCGACAUCCACCGCUAAUAUAAACAAUUUGUUAGCGCAACAAGGCGGGGAUAUUCAUCCCUUUGUUGGGUCUAAUUACAGCCCAAAUAUCCCUUCAUCUUCUGCCUCGUCUACAAAGUUAGUCAUGGAUUCUCAGCAACAGUCAUUCAACAUUGAUUCUAUCUGGUAAUCUGCGUUGAAUUACUUAACUUGACGACAAGUAGCUCAUGAGCUAACAUAUAUAUAUAUAUAUAGUACAAAGUUUAUCCUCCGUACAGAUGAAAUAUCUAUAUCUAGUAUAACAAAAUGUACUUAGCUAAUUCAGUCUUUAUCUGUAGUAAUUACUAAGUUUCAUGUAUGUUCCCUGUGUCGAGAAAGUAAGUAAGUUUAAGUUUUUGAAGUUUUCUGUAAAAUAAGCACAUAAACUCAACAAAGGUUAAACCUUGUUGGCAUAGGGCAGUGUAGCAAUGUUACUGAAUUAUGCACGGUUUUGUUC